AGACACAAUCCGGUGGACAUGCAAUUCGAGAACUCGAAGAAACACGUUGCCGAUUACGAAGAAACGAGGAAAACGGCGCUCGAAUUAGAGCGUGCGUUUCUUCUUGUCUCUUCUUCUUCCAUUGAUGCAUAAGUUCUCUCCGAUUUUGCAAUUUGUCAAUUUGUUGAAAUGGAACGAUCGAUACAGCAUAAAUCGAUCAAAAUAUUUUUUAUCGUUUUCUACGACUUUUUCCUAUCUUUUCGGCAACGUGCGAAUAUCACGUCGAAAGAAGGAGUCAUCUUUUGAGGCGAAGAACUUAUGCACCGACCUAUAAUAAACCGUAGAUCACCUCCGUCUUCCGCUCCUAAUAUUAAGCCGUCAUGUAGGUAUUAUUGCAGCACGUGGAAUUCUUGAGCGUUUCCUUUUCACCGUACGUGCUCGGAAGUGCGGUUCAAGCAUAAUUAAGUAGAAACAAUGAUGUGGCUUCAUUACACCCAUUAUCUUGAAAUGCCGCCGCGAACUGGAUCCGUCACGGGCAACUUUCAUCACCGGAAGCUUAGGAUGUGCCGAUCAACCAGACUGUUCCUGGUACUACAAUGCACUUACGCGUUCGCGUCGGUGCCGGAAAGUGCGAAACAACAGAAACGAGGUGUCAUCGGUAAUGACGGGUGGAUUGGUCUACCAAAUUCGUAUGGAUAUGGGCAUCCGUGGACAGUGGAUCACUCCCCAUGGAGAGGACUCAAGCUGUCCGACGUCAACUUGCACGCGGGAUUGCACUUGGGUGGUGCCAUUCCUUACGGGAAGGGUGGUAUCACUCUGACACCCGGAAUCCUGAAGACCCUCCCAGUGUACAUAACGAAGCACGUGGUGCUGGAGAAACCGGUACCAGUUCCGGAACCGGUGAUAAUAGAGAAACCGUAUCACAUACCGGUGGAGAAGGUGAUUCCGGUGCCGAUUGAGAAGAUAGUCCACAAACCGGUGCCCGUGCCGAUACCGGUGCCUCAGGCGGUGCCGAUCCCCGUGGAGCACCCAAUACCCAUCCCAGUGAAGCAACCGAUUGCAGUACCAGUGCAUCAGCUAUUUCCGGUGCCCGUGAAGCACCCGGUACCGCUGCCGAUUCCGGUUCCAGUUCCGAUUCAUGCGCUCCCGCCGCCGUCGCUGCCGCUGAUCGCGGCGCACGGCCUUGCUGGCGGCAUCUACGGGCGCGGCUACGCGGCCGGUCACCUCUUCAUGCAUCCGUCGGUACACUUGGGCCACGGCAUCGCCAAUCCCGAUCACGGCUUCGGUCAUGGCUUCGGUCAUGCAUUCGGUCACGCGUUGACGCACGGUUACGGCCAUGAUUACGGCUAUGUUCACGACAAUGUCCACGCCGAUCAUCUCCAUCAUCAUGUCCACGGACAUGAGCACAAAAAGAGAAAAACCGACAAAAAUUGAGGAAGCGAUAGCUCAGCGAUUUCUUCCGAUUUGGUGGAAAGAAAACGCGUACGUUCGAACGCGCUUCCUCGAGGUUUCUCGGAUUUGUCGGGAUCGCAAAGCUCUUGCGGAGGAUAUACAUAGCUACCUUCCAAGAGAGCUUUAAUGCUUUCCACGAAGCUAUAAAUGUGUAUUAGAGGCUUUAGAAAUUAUAGAAAUACUUUUGUAAUCUUCCUUCCUUUUUUUCUCUGUAAAGCUGAAGCAAUAAACUCUCAUUUCGUAAACCCA